AUGGCUGCGAAGUCGGUCUCCGCGUUUUCUCUGCUUGUCCUCGCGCUCCUGAGCCUGUCAUUGACCGUUGACGCUGCUCGCCCGUACUGCCGCUUCGAUGGGAAGCUGGUGGUGAGCAACCUGAUGAGGGAGCUGCGGGCCGCCAAGAACUACACCACCUUUGUCGACGGGCUGAAAACCACAGGGCUGGACGAGGACCUGACGGACCUGUUCCACUGCUACGAGGCGACCGUCUUCGCUCCCACCGACGCCGCGUUCGCGAGCCUUUCGAGCGACAUCAAAUCGGAGCUCCGCGAAAGGAAGGUGCUUCGCGAGGUGCUGCUGCUGCACGUCGUCAAGGGCAAGGUCAACGGCGCCACUCUAGCCGGGCAGAAGGAGGGCCAGCAGUACAUGGCCGCGGCUGAUUCGUGCAAGGCGCAGCUGGUGAAGGUCUCAUCUGCGGGGGUCAAGCCGGUUCAGCUCAAGGCUGCGGACGGUGCGGACGAAGCUUCCGUGGUGGCUGCUGACGUCAUAUCGCUGCGAGUGGUGCAGGUGCACGGCGUGAAUGACGUCAUCCUGCCCAAGACUCUGAGCAAGGGCGACGACGACAGCCUCAAGCCCCGCAAAUGCACCACCUGGGCCGCUUAG